UUAAACGACUACGACCUAUUCCCGACUUGGACAUCUAUACCGUAUCUAACGAAUCGCGUCCAUGUGCUGUAUGCAGACGUGCGCCUUUUUGGCAGUAUCAUCCCGUCUAAGACAGCUAAACGCCUCGUGGGGGAUGGGGGGUGCCUUGGAUUCCACCGGAGCUUCUAUUCCUUGCUUGAACGCUUUCUCCGCUAUGGGCCUGCGGACGAAAAGAAGGUAAAGCGCAAUCCGGAUAUCGGCGGGAACGAAAUUCCCUUUGUUUCGGAAGAAUCCGAAUUCAGUGAUCGCGAUAUAACCAUCGAGAUCCUUAAACUUGACUUCCAGUCAUCCGAAUCCGUGCUUCCGUUUCCCUCAGACAAAAUUGGUAACGAUGAGUGGCGACAUAAAUAUUUUACAUCCCACUUGAUCUUUGAUGAAAGCGGCGGUCCGAGCGAGCUUGAGAAGUAUGGGACACGACCAGAGUGGCUCGCGACAUAUCUUUUGGGGGAGAUUCAUGCCCUGCUAACUAUGUCCUACCACUUUGCGUCGUAUGGAAAAAUUUUCUAUGAGCGGGUUGGAACUAUCUGUAUCCUCUCACGAGAGGGAGCGACUGAAAUUGACCUCGCCAGCAGACUAGCCGAGCUACGCUUUACUAACCAGCAAGACACCUUUGGUAAUGUGUGCCCUGAAGAUCACCUUUCCACGUUCUGGGAGUGGAAGAAGCAGAUGCUGGCUCGUAGGCAGGAGCUAGGUUUUCCAGUUGCGGGAAAUCACGAGCUGGGACCUCAACCACAGCAUAUGACGGCCAUCGUUUCGGACUGCGACAACCCAGAAGAGCAGCCGCAGGAUCAGAAUCGAAAGAAGGGAUAA